CUCAAAAUGUCUUCACCAGGACAAGGCUAUAGCUACUACUCAGUGAUAAUAUUCUGGACUGUUGGUCUCCUCCUAAAAGCAAGAGAAGCCCAUGCCACAACAGAUGACCUCUGCAUUGCUGAUUGUUCAAAUGGCUACACUAACCCUUCACUCUAUCACCAGUACUGCUGCCUGCCUCCAAACAAUGGGAACAUUAUUAAGCUGAAGAAAACUGAGACUUAUAAAAUCAUCACAAUGUGCCCACCUCAGGACUUACCCAAUGAUCCAUGCCAAGAGGCAAGAAGCAUUAGCUAUUAUUCUUGCAGUGACAUAUUGGAGAGACUCCCUGGUACUGCUACUGGCUAUUAUAACAUUACCCAAAGUAAUGGAAGUAUUGUCAAUGUGUAUUGUGAUAUGGAGGGUAAUAACUGUGAUGGUACUGGUGGCUGGACAAGAGUGGCUGAUAUUGAUAUGACAAAGCCUAAUGCUACCUGUCCUCAUGGACUUUUUCAAUACACCUUCGAGAACAGAGUCAUUUGUGAUCAAGAUCUUGAUGAAUUUGGCAGUGGAUGUGGCUCCACAUUCUUUUCCUCUUUUGGGAUAAACUACACUACAGUAUGUGGGCAGGUCAGAGGCUAUCAGUUUGGAUCAGUUGAUGGAGUCAAUAGGAACAGAGAAGGACAGACACUGAGUAUUGAUGAUCCAUAUGCUGAUGGAGUAUCAAUUACCCAUGGAAGCAACCCACGCCAACAUAUAUGGACGUACAUAGCUGGACAAGAUGAGACCACUAACUCAAAUGAGAAUUGUCCUUGCAAUAAUCGCAGCAGUGUUACUACUCCGUCAUACGUUGGCAAUGAUUAUUAUUGUGAGUCGGGGUCACCAUCUCCGAUUCCAAAUUAUCAUUACGUGUUUUAUCUUGAUGAUACAUUGUGGGAUGGUCGACAGUGCGGCUCGCUUGAAUCAACUUGUUGCAUUUCUUCUAAAGCUCCAUGGUUUGUUAAAGGUCUGAGCCAGUCAACUGAUGAUCCUAUUGAACUAAGAAUAUGUACUGGGGAAAGUUAUCCUGAAGAAGCCAUUCCAAUUGAUGUCACCGAGUUAUACAUUAAUAAGUAGCAGUGUCAGUGACUACUAUUGUAACUUCAUAUGCUACACACACAUUUAUAAUACUUGUAUCAAUUUUGAGUUGUUGCUUGUUUAUUUAUUGAUAGUGAUAAUAUCAAGUAAGCAUUGCACUUAUAAAA